UGACCCAGACGCAACAGAAGCUAACGGACGUACAGUGAAUGUGUGUGUCGGCCCCUUUAAGAAGUUGUUUUCUGGGUGUUUCCCUCCUAAUUCUUUGAUAAGUACCUGGAGAGUUUAGGGAAGCAUAGUGGCACGCUAGAGUUGUACUGUAAAUACAGUUGGCUGGGCUGAGCACAUUGACUUCCAGGCGUAGCCUUUUGUUUGGGUUUUUCUGCGGCUGUAUUCCGAGAUUAAUUAUCUCUACAGUCUGACAUUGUUCCAAGAAAUGCGACGGGCUUUAAAUGCUUUCUUUUAGUUCCUGUGUUAUUUAAAAGAAAUCUGGGGUGUUGGCUAUGAGCGCAGUUUUCGGGUAAUUCUGAAUGUAUCUGAUAUACAAGCAAAUCUCUGCUGUUGUGGUCGACUUCUGAAUUCAUCAGUUUUCCAGAAGGAGAAUUUUUAUUUAUGUUUUAUCGCUGAGUGAUUGAUCUGACCAGAAACAACCCCCGCCCCCCCCAAUCUUAUUCUAAAGGCUGAGUCAUUCAGUGCUGUGGGACGCUGUCUUGACUAAGCAAGCUUAUUUGCAGGAGUCCCUCAGCGGGCGCCAAUAAGGAUACAUUAAAAUAAAGGCUUUUUCCACAGGCCCCGCCCAUGCUGGAGUUAGGCUCCGCCCACACAAUCAGGGCCCCAAUCUGCAUAUCUCAGGCCUGCCGAGCCGCCCCAGCCUGUCCGUCAGCGAAUACCUGGAGCUGCGUGGGGGCCAGACACCAGCCCCGCAUUCUUUCACGUCAAUCCAGGCUGAGCCCCCCCCCAAUCAGAAUGGACCACCCCGGAUCAGACGCCAGCAUAAAAUGCACUGAUUGCUAUGGCGAUGGUGGCGUGUUACCCUGGCAACGGACUGGGGUACGUGCGUCACGUGGAUAACCCGAACGGCGAUGGGAGAUGCGUGACCUGUAUAUAUUACCUGAAUAGAAACUGGGAUGCUAAGGAGCACGGCGGCCUCCUGCGCAUCUUCCCGGAGGGCAAAGCGCAGUUCGCCGACAUCGAGCCCAAGUUUGACCGGCUGCUGUUUUUCUGGUCGGACCGGCGGAACCCCCAUGAAGUGCAGCCUGCGUACGCAAUCAGGUACGCCAUAACGGUGUGGUAUUUUGACGCCGAGGAGCGGGCGCGAGCUAAGGAGAAGUACUUGACAGGUGCAGGAGAAAAAGGCGUGAAGGUGGAGCUGAAACCCUCAGAGCCCAGCGACUAGGGCGCCCAAGCCGUCGGCACCGAGGGAAACGGGAAGGAGGAUGGAGAAAGGGGGCCCCAAUUUGAAAAUGGGGGGGCAUCUCGCCUCAACUUUUUCUCCGCUCUCCUGCAGAGCGCAGCCAAAUCUGCUGCCGCGGAACGCGGCAUCAUCGAGCCGCGAGAAACUCCCGUUUUCUACCUGUUUUUUCUUUCGGCUUUCAUGUGAAGAAUUCAGUUAUUUAAAAAAAAAAGUAUAAUAGUCACUUGAGGCAAGAAAAGCGAAAUGUUAAAUUUGUCGCCAGCGAAAAGAGCGUGAUUACUGCCGCCAUGUCGGUGGGUUCGGCAGUGUCUUCGGUUUCCCGUUAAACUUUUAACGGAAGGUACACUUUGUCGAUGUGUGAAGAUGAUGCUGACGCUCUUUAUGAAAAAACGAGCACUGCUAAGAAGUGUUAAGAAAAGGCCUGAACAUACGUUGACUCUAAUUAUUUUCCAUCUCUUCUGUCACUUCAAUUCAGUGUUUUUUUUUUUCCUCUGUGAGGGUAAUGUAGCUCUGCUUUGCAUUGGCCUGUUUUUCACUUACUGACUUGAAACUGUUGCUAAGCAACACAGCACGCUGCUGUAACCAUGGCGACCCGAAGCUGCCGCCCUAAUACUACAAUGUUUGUUGUUGCAGAACUACAUACUCACCAUUGUCUUAAGCCGAAUCUGACAUCUUUUAACCUGUCUUAGCAGUUCUGUAUUUGAAAUAAAAAGGCAAGUUUGCCAAACAGAUGUUGAA